AUGCCAGUUCUAAGCAGACAUAUUGGCCGCUCUCAGAGCUGGGAUGCUGCAGGAUGGGACGAAGGCUCCUGGGAGAACGAUGCUAUGUUUGAAUGCCAGAGACCUCCAGGGAGAAGGAAUUCACUAACCUAUGGUGGUGAGGGGUUUUGGUGUGAGCAGCCAAGUUGUAAACCACAUGAUACCAUCUUGCAAGGAGGUACGGACGUGAAGCAAGAUUUGUAUCGGUAUCCGGAGCCACAUUUUACGCAGAGUUCCUUGUGGAGAGGUUCCAUUCCUGAUUUUACAUAUUACGACAGACAGCCUGCAAUGUCUGCACGGAGUUCCUUGCCACCUCAGGAUUACUACAAUGAUCCUUCUUUAGCUACUAGAUCACCUAGAGAUUCGUGCUACUAUAGAGAUCACAUGACUAACAGACCUUUAUCGAAUUAUGGCAUGCCUAGUGGUAGAUUGGCUUGGGAUCAGAUGCAAGUACGGUCACCUGUACCCCAUGAAGGCAGCCAUGUAUACAGAGAUCCUGUGAUCAAGAUGGUUCCUGAAGCACAGAGAAUUCGAAAUAGAGAUCCUUCUCUAACAAGGUAUGGUGUUGAACCCCCUGCAUCUAGAUGCAGAGCAGAACCUUCUGUAUUUCCUUAUCGACAGACUUAUAAUGACGUGGUAGAGAGAUCUGUAGAUUCUGCAGCCAGUAAACAAGUUGCUCCGACAUGUUUGGUAGUUGAUCCAAAUUCAGCUGCAGCCCCUGAUGGAAAUUUAAUGCUGCCUGCCACUUCUGUAAACCGUGGUCACGGACCAGUCAGAGACAAUUUCAGUACAAAAGUCCCUUAUGAUGGCUAUGAAACAACAAUGCAAUCUUCCCAAAUGCAGAUGCCUGCAUCUUUUCCUGGACAGGACAUUAAAAGGAAUGUGGAUCCGGAAUAUUUAGCAAUGAUGCGUUCUGAAGGAAUAUCAGAAAGCACUCUCGGUGCAUUGCUGCAACAAGGAUUUGAUUCUCCGAGUUUGUUAGCAAUGAUGGAGGACAAUGACAUAAAAUCAGUGGCUCCAAAUCUAGGGCAAGCAAAAGUGCUUUCUCAAAUUGUUCAUACUUACAAAGUAGAAAUGCAACUCCAGAGGCAAUCUAGGAAAAAUACUGCUAUUCGUCCCAGAAACAGAUCAAAUAGUUUCAGUCACCGAAGUGAAUUGCUCCAGAAUGAGUACGGGUUGCAUCCUUUCACCAACCCUGUAGUGGAUGGUGUAGCAGCAUAUCAGUCACCAACUGCUUCAAUGCAACUGCCAUCUCCAAGAAUAGCAGAAUUAAGUCGCCGUCCGUCUAGUGCCCCGACACAGCAUCUUUUGGAAACUGCAACAGGGUUUUCUCCUCAAGUCACUCCUUUUCUUCCCAGUUCUGGAUAUAGUACUUCAGGUCCAUGCAAUAUGCAUAUUCGUCAAGCAACUGGCUAUUCGGCCCCUUCUGCAAUUCCUAUGAAUACACUGCAAACAAAUCCACAUGCAAAUUCCAAAAUAGCAUAUUCAACCACAUACACUGUCCCCAUGGAACUGAUGAAAAGAAAUCCACUAUCGUCCCCUGCUCACAGCCCUCACAACAGUCCUCAGAUUCUUCGAAAGCAAGGAGUCCAAGUGGAACCCAGUCUGGCUCCAUUGGGACCGAGUUUUCCAGGGCAUCAUUCACCAUGUCAGAGAUCUACAAGGCGUACAGGUCCACCCGUCAUCGUCUCCACCAUGACAUCUCCUGAGCCAAGUAUACGUCCACAAAUAAUGAAUGGCCCUUUGCAUCCUCGUCCAUUGGUGGCUUUGCUAGAUGGAAGGGAUUGUACAGUGGAGAUGCCUAUUUUGAAGGACUUGGCUACUGUUGCAUUCUGUGAUGCUCAAUCUACUCAGGAAAUACACGAAAAGGUUUUAAAUGAAGCUGUUGGAGCAAUGAUGUACCACACUAUCACUCUCACCCGGGACGACCUAGAGAAGUUCAAGGCCUUACGAGUCAUUGUUCGGAUAGGCAGUGGUUAUGACAACAUUGACAUCAAGGCUGCAGGGGAGCUUGGGAUUGCUGUUUGCAACAUACCUUCUGCAGCAGUUGAAGAAACAGCUGAUUCUACCCUCUGCCAUGUUCUGAAUCUCUACAGGCGGAACACUUGGCUCUACCAAGCUCUGAGGGAAGGAACCCGAGUGCAGAGUGUAGAACAGAUACGGGAAGUAGCUUCCGGAGCAGCCCGCAUUAGAGGCGAAACACUUGGUCUGAUCGGAUUUGGUCGCACUGCACAAGCAGUAGCUGUUCGAGCCAAAGCAUUUGGAUUCAAUGUGAUCUUUUAUGACCCAUACCUGCAAGAUGGGAUUGAAAGGUCCCUGGGGGUUCAGCGAGUCUACACACUUCAGGAUCUGCUGUACCAGAGUGACUGCGUAUCAUUACACUGUAACCUCAAUGAACAUAAUCAUCACCUGAUCAAUGAUUUUACGAUUAAGCAGAUGAGGCAGGGAGCUUUUUUGGUAAACACAGCGCGUGGUGGUCUGGUGGAUGAAAAGGCCUUAACCCAAGCUCUGAAGGAAGGAAGGAUACGAGGGGCAGCACUGGAUGUUCAUGAAUCAGAACCAUUUAGCUUUGCUCAAGGGCCCCUGAAAGAUGCGCCCAAUUUAAUUUGUACUCCACAUACUGCUUGGUACAGUGAACAGGCGUCACUAGAGAUGAGAGAAGCUGCUGCAACAGAGAUACGCCGAGCGAUCACAGGUCGCAUCCCCGAAAGCCUACGGAAUUGUGUGAACAAGGAAUUCUUUGUCACAAAUUCUCCUUGGUCAGUAAUAGAUCAGCAAGCAAUUCAUCCAGAGCUCAAUGGUGCCACAUACAGAUAUCCACCAGGAAUGAUGAGUGUUACUCCAGGUGGAAUUCCAGCAGCUAUGGAAGGUAUCAUCCCAGGAGGGAUUCCAGUUACUCACAAUCUUCCAACUGUGGCACACCCUUCUCAAGCUCCAUCUCCCAACCAGCCCUCAAAACAUGGAGACAACAGGGAACAUCCAAAUGAGCAAUAGCAGACAAUUUAAAGCACUCCAAUUUGGGACCAAGAGACAUUGGAAAAG